UGAUAUGGAAAAUUAGCCUUAGCUUCUGCAAAUGAAGAAACCAAUAGGCCCCAGUAUCCAAGAGAGUGGUGCAGGCAAUAACAACAAUGGCACACGAAGGCACAAUCAUAAAGAUCAAAGUGGCAUGAAAUAUUCAUGUGGGGGUGUUUUUACUUUUUUUCUCUUCUCUGGGAAAGGAAAAACAUCCUCAGAUGCUGUUGAAAGUGAUGACAGAAAGAAUACACACAAAGUCAGAGGUGGAUCAUCUUCAACAGAUGUAUCAUCUAAUAGUUCGAGGAGUUCAUCAAAAUGGAAGUUUUCUCAUUCUUCAGCAGCAUCAUCUAGUGCUUCAAGUAGUCAACUUGGAAUGGGAAACUUCACCUUUGAGGAAAUUUACAAGGCAACAGCAAAAUUCUCUAUAGAUAAUAAGAUUGGAGAAGGUGGGUUUGGAACAGUAUAUAAGGGAAAGCUUAAUGAUGGAUCCCUUGUGGCUGUAAAGCGUGCCAACAAGGAUGUACAUAACAAGAACUUAGCUGAGUUCAAGAAUGAAAUAAACACCUUGUCAAAAAUUGAGCAUAUGAAUCUUGUGAGGUGGUAUGGAUAUUUGGAGCAUGGAGAUGAAAAGAUUAUUGUUGUUGAAUAUGUUAACAAUGGAACUCUUCGGGAACAUCUUGAUGGUAUGCGGGGGAAAGAACUAGAAAUCGGUGAGCGUCUAGACAUAGCAAUUGAUGUAGCUCAUGCAGUUACUUACCUUCAUAUGUACACAGAUCAUCCAAUUAUUCAUAGAGACAUCAAAGCAUCAAAUAUACUAAUCACUGACAAACUAAAGGCCAAAGUGGCAGACUUUGGUUUUGCUAGGCUGGCUGCAGAAGACCCAGAUGCAACCCAUAUUUCAACUCAAAUUAAAGGAACAGCUGGCUACGUGGAUCCUGAUUACAUGAGAACACACCAUCUCUCUGAAAAGAGUGAUGUUUAUUCCUUUGGAGUGUUGCUUGUUGAAAUGAUGACAGGAAGACAUCCAGUUGAACCAAAGAGACCCCUCAGUGAGAGAGUUACAAUUAGAUGGGCAAUGCAGAUGUUGAAACAAGGAGAAGUUGUGAUUGCCAUGGAUCCAAGGUUGCGGAGAAGUCCAGCCUCAAACAAGGCAGUUCAUAAAGUUUUCAAGCUAGCUUACCAAUGCCUUGCACCUGUGAGAAGAUCACGGCCAUCCAUGAAGAAUUGUGGAGAGGUUUUGUGGGGAAUCCGUAAAGAUUUUAAAGAUAAAGCCUUUUCUCAUUCCCCACAUGGUGCUCACCAUUCUGCAAAUUUUCCAGAGAAAGAUGCUAGGAAAAAUAGACAUAUGACAUUUGGUAUUGAAGAUAACAAGGGCCAUAAAUUUGAUUCUGCAUAAUCAUUAUUCAUUUCUGAGAUUUGUUCUGAUUGUUCUGCUACAGCUCUUAGCUUGUAUCAUGUGCAUUACAUGAAGCUGUUAGUUUUCAUGAGGUUUUUCCCUCUUCCAUUUUGAAAUUCUCAAGGUUUUAGAUUGUUGAGAAAUUCUAAAGAGAAAGUCUUCAGCUUGGAUCUCAUUGUAUACCAGU